AUGACCGCCGAGACGAACCAGAGCGUGGACGGUGCUAUCGCGUCCGAUUUAAGGAUGGGUCUGAAGAUUGGCUUCGUCGUCGAGGCCUGGAAGAAGACGGCAACACCCAGGAUUGCGACUUCGCGGACGCGUGGAGAAGAUGCGGACUGUGUUCGUCUCGCAGUGAUUGCCAUGUACGAGCAAAAAGGUUGGGCUCCCCUGAAGACUGGGAGACUUUUCUCAGGGCUAAAAAUAUCAGCUUGGACAAAGAACUCGGUUUGA